AUGAGAGAUGACAUCAGAGUUUUAAUAAAGGAACGUUGCAGAAGAAGCUUGGCUUUACACACAGAUAAUCACAGAGGCAUGAAUUCACAACAUAACCCUCUUCCUGAAAACAAAAACAUGAGCACUGAACAGCAGCAAAACAUUCUGUUAUGGCGGAAACCUCACUAUAUGAACACAUCACCUAUAAACCAUAGCGUCGAGGCCUGCCACAUUCUACCCAGGAGAGACAAGGAAAACACUGCCAUCAUAAUGAGAUUCGUCAAUCGAAAACAUAAAGCUGCAUUGCUGAAACAAGGAAGGAAACUGAAAGGUACAAACGUCUACAUCAAUGAGCACCUGACAAAACGCAAUGUUGACAUCGCCAGAAAAGCAUGUCAUCUGAAGAAAGAAAAUAAAAUUCAAUCUACAUGGAUAACCAACUGCAAAGUAUUCAUUAAGCUGAACGGUACACCGGAGGAAGCUAGAGUUCUGGUCAUACGGAACAUUGAGGACUUGGACAAAUACCAGUGAUAGUUAUCGGACUGUAAGGUAAUCAAUACCAAUGUGACACGACACCAAACUCAACCAUGACACACACUGAAAUAACUUUUUCAUCCAUUACUCGGAACACUACUCGGCUCACGCAAAUGCUUGUUGAUUAUGAAAACCUGGAACUGAAACAACAUGAAUUCACUGACCAUAAACUAUUGGAUAUAGAAAAUGACAUAGACCCGGACAAUAACUUUUUCUCAACCAUUAAUGAUAAUUGCCACUAUUACACAGAUGAACAGUACAAUCAGUCCACUAAGGCUGUGGGGAAAUGAUCAAUAAUACAUUUCAACAGCAGAAGCAUGUACGCUAACUUCAAACACAUCAAGAAAUUAGAUUAGAUUAGAACUUUAUUGAUCCCUUUGGGCGGGUUCCCUCAGGGAAAUUAAAAUUCCAGUAGCAUCAUUACAAGAUAAACAGAGAAUAGAAAUAAAGAAAAACUUCUAGAUAAAUUAAAUUAAAUAUUUACAUAUACAAAUAUAAAAAAGAAUAAGGUACGGGGAAGGGGGGGUAAUAAAUAAAUAAAGUCCAGCGGAAGAGGUAUUGCACAUUAUAUUGCACAUUGUCCAGUAUUGCUUAUUGUCAGGCUAGGCUACUGCUCCUUCCCGUCCUCUGUCCUUCUGUUCCCCCCCAGAGAGGAGUUGUACAGUUUGAUGGCGUGAGGGACAAAGGAGUUUUUAAGUCUGUUAGUCCUGCACUUGGGAAGGAGCAUUCUGUCACUGAACAAGCUCCUCUGGUUGCUGAUGACGGUGUGCAGAGGGUGACUGGCAUCGUCCAUGAUGUUCAGUAGUUUGUCCAUAGUCCUCUUCUCUGCCACCGUCACCAGAGAGUCCAGCUUCAUGCCGACCACAGAGCCGGCCCGCCUGAUCAGUUUGUCCAGCCUGGAUGUGUCCUUCUUGGAUGUGCUGCUCCCCCAGCACACCACAGUGUAAAACAGGACACUGGCAUCCACAGACUGAUAGAACAUCCACAGGAGUUUCCUGCAGAUGUUAAAGGGCCGCAGCUUCCUCAGGAAGUACAGCCUGCUCUGUCCCUUCCUGUACAAGUGAUUGGUGUUGCAAGUCCAGUCCAGCUUACUGUCCAGCCACAGCCCGAGGUGCUUGUAGGAAUCCACAGCCUCCACCUCGACCAGAACUGGUUGUGACCUUGGUCUGGACCUCCCAAAGUCAAUGACCAGCUCCUUGGUCUUCCAGGUGUUAAGCAGCAAAUAGUUCCUGUUGCACCAAAUGGCAAAGUCCCUCACCAGGCUCCUAUACUUCUCCUCUCUGUCGUCCCUGAUACACCCCACGAAGGGGAGAAAAUAAAGGUGGAGGAGGAGUGGCGGUGUAUGUGGACUCAUCUCAUCUCAUUAUCUCUAGCCGCUUUAUCCUUCUACAGGGUCGCAGGCAAGCUGGAGCCUAUCCCAACUGACUAUGGGCGAAAGGCGGGGUACACCCUGGACAAGUCACCAGGUCAUCACAGGGCUGACACAUAGACACAGACAACCAUUCACACUCACAUUCACACCUACGAUCAAUUUAGAGUCACCAAUUAGCCUAACCUGCAUGUCUUUGGACUGUGGGGGAAACCGGAGCACCCGGAGGAAACCCACGCGGACACGGGGAGAACAUGCAAACUCUGCACAGAAAGGCCCUCGCCGGCCACGGGGCUCGAACCCGGACCUUCUUGCUGUGAGGCGACAGCGCUAACCACUACACCACCGUGCCACCCUGUAUGUGGACUGUAAUUUGAAUUAUAAGUUAAUAGAUGGCAUGACAACUGUGAUUGAUAAUUUAUUAGAAUGUUUAACAAUUGAAAUUAAUAUUGAAAAAACUAGAAAUGUAUUAAUUAGCUACAUAUAUAGAGCGUUAGAAACUAGUAUAGAGGCGUUUAAGGACUGGGUAGAAAAGACAGUUACAGUAGACAAUAAAAAAGUUAGCUUCAUUUGUGGAGAUACAAAUAUUGAUGUGUUGAACCCUAAUAAGCACAGUAUGACAGAGAAAUUUAUUAAUACCAUGUACAGUAUGAGUCUUCACCUCAAAAUGACCAGACCCACCAGAAUUAAUGACCAUAGUGCUACUUUAAUAGAUAAUAUAUUUACCAAUGAUAUAGAUAAUAACAUUAUAAGUGGAAUAUUAAUCAAUGAUAUCAGUGAUCAUGUACCAGUUUUUACAAUUUAUGACUGUAAUUGUAAGAGAAAUGUGACAGACCAUAAACUUAAGUACAGAAGAGUUAGGACAGAGGAAGCCAUGUUUGCAUUAAAUAAUGAUUUAUUACUGCAAGACUGGGAAUCAGUUUAUACAGAGAAUAGCAUUGAUAGAGCAUAUGAUAACUUUUUAAGUAUAUUCAAAUUAUUAUAUGAUAAGAAUUGCCCACUGAAGCAAUAUAGUACUAAACAAAACUAUAAUGACCAACCUUGGAUUACUAAGGGAUUACAAAAUGCCUGUAAGAAGAAAAACACUCUAUAUCGAGAAUUUAUUAAAUUAAGAACCAAAGAGGCAGAAAAUAAAUAUAAAAACAAGUUAACGAGUAUCAUAAGGAGAUGUAGGAAGGAUUAUUAUGGCAAAUUAAUAGAUAAUAGCAAAAAUAAUAUUAAAGGAAUAUGGAAUAUAUUAAAUAGUAUUAUUAAAGAUGGCUCUGGACAAAUAUAUUAUCCUAAAUACUUUAAUGACAAAGAUAUCGAAAAUUAUAACAUGGAUGUAGUUGCUAAUAGUUUUAAUAAUUUUUUUGUUAAUGUUGGACCAAGAUGAACUCAAAUCAAAUCAAAUCAAAUCA